AAGAUGACGAGUUAGUGAAUAGAACCAAUCUGUGAGGAAGAAUCUGUAUUCGGAGCCAAUCUUUGCUUUGCGUGGGCGGGUUUAAGUGGGGUGGUGCCCGAGGUUGGUUGUGUGAUAGUAGUUCCCGGUGUCAGAAGCGGAGAUUCCCCGGGGACAGGAUGCCUCUGGUCGCUCGAUGUAUUGAGCCGCGCUUCCUGUGCCGGCAGAAGCUUCCUCCUGUCCGCAGUGAACUGGAAUGUAUGACAAACCUGACUCUGUCCAAUGUCAUCCGCCAGCUUGGAAGCCUAAGUCACUAUGCAGAAGAUAUAUUUGGAGAGCUUUUUAGCGAGGCUAGUAUGUUUGCAGACCGCGUGGGGUCUCUCGGGGAAAGGGUGGAGAAACUUCAGGUGAAGGUGACUCAACUGGAUCCCAAAGAGGAAGAGGUCUCUCUUCAGGGCAUAAACACCCGAAAGGCAUUCCGAAGUAACACCUCACAGGACCAGCAACUGUUUAUACGUGACUCUCUGUCCCUCCCAGUGCGUGAAACAUAUUCUACAUGUGACAUGCCACCCCCACUUAACAUCCUGUCACCAUAUAGAGAUGAUGAAAGGGAGGCCCUUAAAUUUUAUACAGACCCUUCAUAUUUCUUUGACUUGUGGAAAGAAAAAAUGCUUCAGGACACCAAAGACAUCAUAAAAGAGAAGCGGAAACAUAGGAGAGAGAAGAAAGAUAACCCCAACCGUGGGAAUGUGAAUCCGCGCAAGAUCCGCACAAGGAAAGAAGAAUGGGAGAAAAUGAAGAUGGGACUGGAGUUUGUCGAGGCCAAGGAUAAGAUGCAGAAUUCAGGGCCUCAACUAUAUCAAAAUGGAUCUGUAAGUACUAUAGAGAGUCUGGAUAUGAAUCAAUACCCACCUCCUCCUCUUUUUGAAGAACCUUCAUCUAUUUCCCAACCAUUUAUUGAUGACUCUCUGCCUCCACCACCUGCUGAUGUUGGUGCUCAACCUUCAUCACAUCGUUCCAGCGUGGUUAGCCCUGCCUAUCCUCCUCCAGCCCCACCUAUUGGUUCUCCAAUAGGAAGUCGACCCAGUUUUUCACCUCCACCAGCACCUCCCCCUCCUCCACCUGAUGGAUCAAUUCCCGAUGCCCCAUACCUUCCUCCACCUUCUCCUCCACCAGUAUUCCCUUCAUUACCAGGCUUUCCUGCCCCUCCACCUCCACCUUCAGCACCAACUCAUCUUGAUUAUCCACCAGCCUCACCUCAUUCUCCCGCACCAGCCCCUAUUGCAGGCCCCCCACCACCACCUCCACCACCACCACCACCACCUCCUGGCCCUCCUCCUCCUGGACCUCCUCCACCCCCUUCCUUCUCUCAUUCUGAAGGUGAAUCUCCAGCACAAAGUUUAAAACCGAAGACUACCCUGCCUCCUGUAAGCGAUCCUCGAAGUGACUUGCUGUCUGCAAUCCGUGAAGGGUUCCAGCUACGAAAGGUAGAAGAAAAAAUGGAGCACGAGAAGCGCGAUGUUGGUGGGAAUGAUGUGGCCACCAUUUUAUCUCGUAGAAUUGCAGUGGAAUAUAGUGACUCUGAGGAUGAUUCUUCCGAAUUUGAUGAAGAUGAUUGGUCUGAUUGAGCCAAUAAUGAAAGAACCAAGGGAAUGUGAUUAUGCAGUUAAGAGAAGAAUCAUCUGUAGAUAUUACUUUUGUUUAAGGAUUACAUAGAAAGCUAUGAAGUGUAGGGCAAUGGUCAAAAAAAAAAUAAAAUGGAAAAAUUUUAUUCCUAGGGAGAAAGUGUGAUAUGUUUAGUUUUGGGGCAAGCAACAAUAUGAUUUUCUAUUUCACCAAUUUCUCCCUGAUGGGUAUGACAAAAUGCCCCACUUAUAGAGUGCCAACAUUUCAAUAGAGUGAUAUAUUACACAGCAGAAUAGAUAAACGUCUAUUGCACACAUUCCUGUAGGUUUUUCGUUGGUGCUGCUUUAAAAUAAUAACAGGUAGACUUUUGCUGAGAGAUCAAUUACCCUGCAGGUAUCCCUAUUGAUGACACACCCAGCAUGCAGCUAGAGGAGUUCAGUGGCAUAUUGUACCUUUCUUUUCCAGAUAAAGGAAUUGUGAUCUGCAUGUGGGUAAUAGAUUAUCCCUGGCCUGAAAUGUUUGCAUAGAUUGUUUUCUAAAUCAAAAGUAAUUUUUUUGCAAACUAUACUUAAUAACGAUGGCUUCCAUUUUAACCCUUUUGUUGCUGCCCGCCAUAGAACCUGCAACAUCAUCAUAAAAGUUCCAUAGUGCUGCAGUUCUGGUUUAAUCUGUGCUGUUCUGCAUGUUUACUGGUAACGUAGCACAGAAAGAUCAAAGUGAAGCAAGAAUGAGAAAAUGAAAUCACUGUUUGAAAUAUAUUUGUUACAAAACUGUGCAAUAAACAAAGGAUGGGGGAGGUCCCAGAAUCCUGUGCAUAUGUACAGCAAACAAUCUAUUCUAAAUAUUAUUCUGUCUGUAGUGGUUGUGCCAAUAAAACUACAUUUGGGAGAAGUGUUAAGUGAAACUAAUAUUGGAUUACUAUAUUAGUUUCACUUUAAAGUGACUUAAUGGUGGCAUAAUGUAAUCUUUAAUACUAGCCUAUGCAACAAUCCUCUAUUUAACAAUUCUUGCUAAGUGUGUGUUUAUGCAGGUAUUUUUCUACACACACACAUAUCUAUAAGUAGCUUUAACUAAGUAUGAUUUUAUUAUUAGACACGAUUAUGAUAUUGAGAUAAGUGCCUUAAUAGAGCAGAUGUUUGGAACAAGUGCUGUAUGGCACAGCUCUACUCUGCCUGCUUUGUAUAAGUUUUGUUAAUGAUUUUUACCUGGAAAUCUGUUAUUUUGAAUCUGCCUUAUGUUUAAAUAUAGCAUCAUAUAAAAUGUUCAAUUGCA